CGGUCGCAACUCUUGACAGCCUAUAUCGAGAAAGACCAACUGCGGCGUGAAGCCGAGGCAGCUAAUCGCGAGAUGCAGAGGGCCGCAGAUGGGUUAUCUGUCAACACUGAUAGCGCCAAGCAAUCAGAGAAGAUGGAGAAGCUCCGUGCACGGUACAAGCAGUUACAGCAGCAGUACGAGCAGUCGGACGUUAAGAACCGCGAGUUAGAACGGACACUGAAAGCCGUCCGUGCUGGAUCGGAAGCCGGUGUCCAAAAGGCACGAACCGACCAGAUUAUCAAGAACUUGCAACGUGAAAAUGCGAUGAUAUCUACUGCAUGGUACGACCUCACAAGCAGACUACAGAGCACCCACGUCGUGCUACAACGGCGGCAAGAGGUUCCUCGAAGCUGGCUAAACAAGCAGAGGCAACUGGUGAAUGCUACGCCUCGGAAGUAGGAUUCCACGUGGGCUUGUCCUUGCCGUCCUAUUCUACCUACGCAUUGAGCUCUUCUCAGUCUGCCUUGCAAUGGAGUGGCCGCUGUCACAUUUCUCCUUUUCUCCACUACUCCCCAGAACAACAUUUCUUUUCAUAUUGGCAGGUAAUAGUCACGGCAAUGGGUGGGUGUCCUUGAUGAUCGACCGGGCAUGCAGCAUAUAUGUCUUUUCGUGCGUACCUAGAUUAUACCCACUUUAUCAUAGGUAGUUGGGCGGUGGACGCGUUCGAGAGAGGG